AUGAUCUACAAACCUGAAUUGACCGAUGGUGAAAACUCAGGAUUGAACCAUGGAAGAGACUUCUUGAAAGAGUUCAAAGAUAAGUAUCCUUGGUUGAGUUAUGGUGAUUUAUGGACCUUAGGUGGAGUCGUUGCUGUCCAAGAGUGUGGAGGUCCAAAGAUUAAAUGGAGACCUGGUCGUCAAGAUAUAAGUGACAAGGAAAGAGUUCCAGAAAAUGGUAGAUUACCAGAUGCUUCGAGGGAUGCUGAUUAUGUCAAAGGUAUCUUUGGAAGAAUGGGCUUCAAUGAACGUGAAACUGUGUGUUUAAUUGGUGCACAUUGCUUAGGUAAAUGUCACAAGGAAAACACAAACUACGACGGACCUUGGGGACCUUCCUUCAACAUGUUUACGAAUGACUUCUUUGUCAGAUUAUUGCAAAACUGGCACGUCAAAAAAUGGGAUGGUAAAAAACAAUAUGAAGACGAUGAAACUAACUCCUUUAUGAUGUUACCAACCGAUAUGGCCUUGAAAGAAGAUUCUAACUUCCUCAAGUACGUCAAAAUGUAUGCCGAAGACGAAAAGUUAUUCUUCACUGACUUUGCCAAAAAUUUCAGUACUUUACUUGAGUUGGGUGUUACAUUCCCUGAUUCUAUUAAGCCAACUGAAUUCAAAACAUUAGAUGAACAAGACAAAUAA